AUGAAAAAUCACACAAUAACAACAUUCAUUCUCCUGGGACUAACAGAUGAUCCACAACUUCAGAGUCUGCUUUUAAUUUUUUUGUUUUUCGCCUACUUACUGAGUAUAACUGGAAACAUGGCUAUUCUUUCACUUACAUUAAUAGAUUCUCGCCUAAAAACACCAAUGUAUUUUUUCCUACAGAAUUUUUCCUUCUUAGAAAUAUUAUUCACAUCAGCUUGUGUUCCUAGAUAUUUGUAUAAUCUAUCAACAGGUGACAGGACUAUUACAUAUUGUGCCUGUGCCAUUCAAGCCUUUUUUACUGAUCUGUUUGGAGUUACUGAAUUUUUCCUCUUGGCCACCAUGUCCUAUGACCGCUACGUCGCCAUCUGCAAACCCUUGCAUUACAUGACCAUCAUGAGCGGCAGAGCCUGUAGAAGUCUCAUGCUCUGCUGUUGGAUGGCUGGCUUCUUAAUUAUACUACCUCCAUUUAGCUUGAGCCAGAGCCUGGAAUUCUGUGACUCUAAUGUCAUUGACAGUUUUCUCUGUGAUGUGUCGCCCUUCCUCAAGAUAUCAUGCUCCGACACGUGGUUGAUUGAGCAGAUGGUGAUAGGAUGCGCUGUGCUGACCUUCAUCACAACCCUGCUUUGUGUUGUCCUCUCCUACAUAUAUAUAAUCAGAACUAUUACAAGAUACCCCUCAGCCCAGCAAAAGAAAAAAGCCUUUUCCACCUGCUCCUCCCACAUGAUUGUGGUGUCCAUCACCUACGGCAGCUGCAUCUUCAUCUAUAUCAAGCCAUCUGCAAAGGAGUCCGUGGCCAUUAACAAGGGUGUGAUCAUGCUCAUUACUUCCAUCGCUCCUAUGCUGAACCCCUUCAUCUACACACUGAGGAACCAGCAGGUGAAGCAGGCCCUCACAGAAAUAGUCAAGAGAAAGCUCUUUGUGCGUUUACUGAGUACCAGUAAGUCAUAG